AUGGAAGACGACGAUGACAUCCCGUACGCUACGCAGCAUUCAAUUCACGUGACACUAUACUCACAUACUUAGCCAAUUGCCUGCCGAUACUCUCCAGCUGCUACAAGAUUUCCAAAGCGAGAAGGAUGCAAGAACCAAGCAAUUUGAAGAUCUCAAGACGGCUGCUGAAGAUGAUUUCCAAGCCGGCAAAGGAAAGCUUAGCAUGGACCUCUUUGGCGAAGACUGGAAUGCCUCACAGUUUUGGUAUACCGAUUCAACGGCUGAAGCUCUGGCCCGGCAGCUCUUAGAAGGCGCCACAGAGCAGUCUGCCAUCGCAGUAGUGUCGGCUCCCAGCGUUUACGUUGCCCUCCGGAACAUCCUCGCCGAGGACACCUCAUUACCCCGACCGAGACUGUGCCUGCUCGAGUAUGACUACCGCUUUCAGGUGGUCGGCACAGACUUUGUCUUCUAUGAUUACAUGAAGCCGAUACGCUUCUUCAGUUCAAAUUUGAAAGGCCAAUUUGAUCGGAUUAUCUGUGACCCGCCUUUCCUGUCAGAAGAUUGCCAGGUAUGUGUCUCUGGACCCACCAGCUGAUUUAAACUUCUUCUCUAAUGAUCGACGAUGUUCAGACCAAGGCAGCGUUGACCGUACGAUAUCUCGCGCGGCACUGGGCACCGUGCAGCGAGGAUGGAUUGCGCUUCAUAUCCUGCACCGGGGAGAGAAUGGAGUCAACAGUGCUGAGAUUGUAUGGGAAGAUCGGGGUCAAGACGACAGACUUUGAACCAGAACACAGCAAAGGUCUCAGCAACGAAUUUCGAUGCUACGCAAAUUUCAAGGGCGAUGCGUGGAAGUGGCGGCAAUAG